AUGACCACCCUACAACCCCGUGAGGGUUUCAAAUUAUUCUACUACGACCCAUCCCUUGCAGCAGCUGUAAUUUUCAUAAUCUGUUUUCUGGCCACCACAAUACUACAUACGUACCAGCUUUUUCGGACACGAACAUGGUUCUUUAUACCAUUUUUACUGGGUGGUUACUUCGAAUGGAUAGGAUAUGUGGCACGUGCUGUGGCCUGUAACCAAACGCCCAACUGGACACUUGGGCCGUACAUUGUACAAGCGGUCCUAACUCUGGUAGCACCAGCCUUGUUCGCUGCGAGUAUCUACAUGGAACUGGGCAGAAUGAUCGUCGUCCUUGGUGCAGAGAAGCACAGCAUGAUCCGCAUCAAAUGGAUGACCAAGAUCUUCGUGGCGGGAGACGUCCUAUCAUUCCUCAUGCAAUCCGCAGGCGCCGGAAUGAUGGGUGUGAAAUCCAAAAUUUCCGAGAAUGGACCGCACAUUAUCGUCGGCGGUCUUGUCGUCCAAAUCAUCUUCUUCGGCUUCUUCAUGAUAUCAUCGGCGGUCUUCCAUAUGCGCAUGAACCGUGAUCCUGUGGCGGAUGGUGGAGCUGGCUUCAACUGGCGACGACUUCUUUAUGCCCUCUAUGGUGCUAGCGCUCUUAUCCUUAUUCGUUCCAUCUUCCGUCUUAUCGAGUAUGCACAGGGGAAUGGUGGGUACUUGGUCGCGCAUGAGUGGUUCAUGUACAUUUUUGAUGCGUUGUUGAUGUUCGGGACGAUGUUGAUCUUCCAUGUGGAGCAUCCUAGUGAGCUUAAUGCGUGGCUCAGAGGCAGUGGAGUUGUCUGUAGGGGGAUAAUCCGGUUUGAGAGGAUUGGGGGGAGUGGCAUGAUGAUGUCCUAG